AUGGCUGGUGGAAAAGAAGUGGGAGGAACCCAACUCAAGAGGGUUGAAUCCUUGGAGGCAGAGUUAGGGCAUUUGAACGACAUAAUGGAGAAUCAAGGUCACCAGAUGCAGCAACAGGCCGACUCCAUAGCUUCAAUGCAGAUGAAGAUGGACCAGAAGUUUGAAGAAGUAUUGAGGGCUCUCAGUCGAGGAAAGAAGACAGCUGAGGAAGAAGUUUUCGACGAACCUGUGUUUUCCACGAUGGAUACUCCGAAAGAUAACAGUGGAGGCCCAAAACCAGGAAUGAGCAGUGGUUCCGAUUCCGGUGGGAGCAGCGACGGUGGGGGUCGUCCACAGGGAGGCGAAUACGGGGGAGGAACAAAUUGGAGGUUUAGAAAGCUGGAUAUGCCCCUGUUUGAUGGCGAGAAUCCAGAUGAAUGGAUACCGAGGGCUGAACGUUACUUUAAUUUUUACAAACUCUCAGAGAAUGAUAAACUGGAGGCGGCGGUGGUAGCCCUCGAGGGUGACGCUCUGUUGUGGUUCCAAUGGGAGCACUCCCGUCGACCGGUGACACGAUCGAAGGAGAUGAAAUCGCUACUAUUACGACAGUUUCGCCCUACUAACGCAGGUACAUUACACCAGCAAUGGCUCGCCCUAACUCAGACCGGGUCGGUUUUAGAGUACCAACGAUCAUUUAUUGAAUUACUUGCCCCGAUAAGCAAUAUACCCGAAGAUAUCACUUUGGGCCAAUUCCUCAAUGGGCUAAAGGAUGAAAUUAGGUCUGAGGUCCAAUUAUUGAGCCCCGUGUCCGUUGAACACGCCAUGACACUAGCUAUCAAGGUCGAACAAAAGCUACAAUCCUAUCUCCAACGAAAACCACAACCUUCCACUGCCAAUCAACGAACGAACUCCACCGGAAGCAUAUCAGGAACACCUAUGAUUACACCCAUCAAAACUACUUACUUCACUCCUCGUGCGCCUCAAAUUCAAAACCCUAAUUACACCAGAAGCAACAAGAUGCCCACGAAACCUGAAGGAGAGAUCAUGUGA